AUGUCCAGUGUGGCAGCUGGCCCACAGCUACCAUCCCAGUCCAUCAUGUUCCCCAUCCUGUGGCUGCUUCUUGGCUUCACUCUCCCAGCGCUGGGCUUCCACAUUCCUGUCAGCUGUCCCCAGGCUGAGAAAUGUCAGCGGGCCCUCCUCUCAGACUCCAGCGAUGUGCUCUUGUCAUGCAGUGUCUCCAAGGCACACUGGUCCUACUCUGGAUUAUCCAAAGAUGGCCAUCUCGUCAACCUAUCCAGUGUUUCCAAUGUAGAAAUGAGGCCUGAGGGUGAACUUGCUAUCAGAAACCCGUCACCUUACAACACAGGCCUUUACCUGUGCCAGGCCAAGAACGGUACCCAAGUGGCCCAAUAUGAGAUUGAUUUCCAAGAUGCCAACAAGCUGCAUGUCACACACAAAGGCCUGGGUCAGAGCCCCCUGCCAAACAGUACGCUGAACCUGGGGAACAUGGAGCUGGUCUACACUCAGUGGGAGCCCUGGCAGAGAUGCAACCGUUGUGGGAAGCCGGGUGAGAGGAAACGCCUGGGCUUCUGCUAUAUUAAGGAACCGUUGAAGGACCCCAUCCCCUGUGGGCUCUACCUGGGGAAGCUGAGGAUGUGGUUAGUCCGAGCCCGGCCUGAGGUGCAGGUGGAAGCCUGCCACGUGCAGUGUGAAGACAGCUAUUGGUUCACUGGGGAUUAUGUCGUCUUUGACAACUUCAGGCUCAUGGAGGAGUCAGAAUCUGCAUGGCUCAGCUGCCCCUUGGCAUCCAUCUACAGGCCCGUCCAAUGGGAAGCCAACAACACCCCUCUGACUUGGGAGGGCCAGCUGUCCAGCAGGGAUCUCAGCACCUUCAUGGACCUGUUAAAAGGUGGCCAACAGCUGCAGAUCUUCCAGCCAGCCACGUACAGAUGCUUUGUGGAUCAGGAACUCGUGGCCCAGUUCAACCCUACUCCUGUGGAGAUGCUGGAGGUUAAGAAAAGACCCGAGACCCAGAGGUGGCAGCCAGGGAAGAUCAGAGCCCCGCUCGGGAAGGCAGAUUCGGUUCUCGAAGGCUUGAAACUGAUGCUGCUCAUGGGCUCUGCAUUGGUCGUGAUAGGGCUUCUCUGCAAAGUCUUUCACCCUUCCCAGAGCAAGAAGAGAAGUCAGAUCCUGCUGGCGAAAUAAAACAAGUCUUCUGUGUUGGAGGAGACCUGGUCUCCACUAUUUCAUCUUUAGCCUGGGCCCCAGUAUCAGCCCCACCAGACCCGAGAUGUGUGAACCAGCACAACCUAGAUUAAAAGCCAAAGGCAACUUCUUUCACUCUUC